GCGCGGGGCGUGCGCAUGCGCAUGCGCACGCCCCCCCCCCGCCCCCCCAAAGUUCAUCAGAACGAUAUAAUAAGGUCGUUCCCGGCAAGAGGAGCGCAGCUCAGUGUGCGGCGUCCGGACCGGACCGAGGCGGAGGAGGAGAUGGAGGACAGUGAGAGAGAGGAGGACAGCAAGUCGUCCAAGAGCGACAGGGUCGCGCUGAAGAAGGAAAUUGGACUUUUGAGCGCCUGCGCUAUCAUCAUCGGGAACAUCAUCGGCUCUGGGAUAUUCAUCUCUCCUAAAGGAGUGUUGGAGCAUGCAGGCUCGGUGGGCCUGUCGCUCAUCGUCUGGGUCUGCGGCGGGGGGAUCUGUGCCCUCGGCUCCAUGUGCUAUGCUGAACUGGGUGUCACCAUCCCCAAGUCUGGGGGAGACUACUCGUAUGUGACGGAGAUCUUUGGAGGGCUUGUAGGCUUCCUCCUGCUGUGGAGCGCUGUCCUCAUCAUGUAUCCGACCACGCUGGCGGUCAUCGCGCUCACCUUCUCCAAUUACGUCUUGCAGCCGGCCUUCCAGUACUGCCUGCCUCCGUUCAUCGCCACCAGAAUCCUCGCCACCAUCUGUGUCUUGUUCCUGACCUGGGUGAACUGCUCGAGCGUGCGCUGGGCGACGAGGAUCCAGGAUGUUUUCACUGUAGGAAAGCUCCUCGCUCUGGCACUCAUCAUAGUGGUGGGACUCGUCCAGAUCUGUCGAGGUCACUAUGACGCCCUCCAUCCCAGCGUGGCCUUUGAGUUCCGUCAGGACCCCUCGGUGGGACAGAUAGCGCUGGCCUUCCUCCAGGCCUCCUUUGCCUACAGCGGCUGGAAUUUCCUCAACUAUGUCACAGAGGAGGUCGUGGAGCCACGCAAGAACCUGCCUCGUGCCAUCUACAUUUCAAUCCCACUGGUGACCCUGGUCUACACUCUGACGAACAUCGCCUACUUCUCCUCCAUGUCCCCCGAGGAGCUGCUGGCCUCCAACGCUGUGGCAGUGACAUUCGGGGAAAAGCUGCUGGGGAUGUUUUCCUGGGUGAUGCCGAUCUCAGUAGCGCUGUCCACCUUUGGAGGAAUCAAUGGAUAUCUGUUCACUUCCUCUAGGCUGUGUUUCUCCGGGGCCAGAGAGGGUCACCUGCCUUAUCUGCUGGCUAUGAUCCACCUAAAGAACUGCACUCCGAUCCCCGCCCUGCUGGUCUGUUGCUUCGCCACAAUAGUCAUCCUGUGUAUUGGAGAGACGCACAACCUGAUCAACUACGUCUCCUUCAUCAACUAUCUGUCAUAUGGCGUAACCAUCGCCGGCCUCCUCUACCUUCGCAAGAAGAGACCAAACCUGGCCAGACCCAUCAAGGUAAACGUCUUGAUCCCCAUCACCUACAUGGUCUUCUGGGCCGUGCUGCUGUGCUUCAGUCUCUACUCUGAGCCAGUGGUGUGCGGCCUGGGCAUGGUCAUCAUGCUGACCGGGGUCCCUGUGUACUUUGUGGGCGUUUACUGGAGGAACAAGCCCAAGUGGAUCCACAGGCUAGUCGAACGGGUCACGUACGUGGGCCAGAAGGUGUGUUACGUGGUGUUUCCUCAGGCAGACCCUUCAGAGCCUCUACUCAUCGCUGACUCCAAAGCCAAUGACUGAGCAGUGUGGUCGACCAGGAACUCCCCCUUUUUUACAUCAACAACUGUACUUCCAGUCCGUGUGUCACAAUUCUGGGCCUACAAUGAAGCCCCUAUAUGGGAGAAGUGGAUGGUUAUAUUUAGGACAUAGGCAUGUUCCUCCCUAAAGCUACGACGUGUGUUUUUAUUUGUCGCUCUGUUAGUACUGUCCAUCCAUUCUCCUCGCCAGUACACCAAGCUUUCUCUUUAACACAGAUUUUUUUUUUUUUUUUUUAUUCUCCCAUCUACUCACCCGAGGAACUUCAAUCUGUCACCUUCUGCUUCUCUCCCAAAGGUCUUUGACUUUUGUUACUUUAACCCAAUCUAAUGUGCCUUAUGAAAUGUGCGCGUUUGGUACAGCGUAUUGUUUCGCGCUCUUAUUUUGAUAGCAUAAAAACUAUUAUGAGGUCAAUGUGCAAGCAGUUUCUGCACCAAGCUAUACUUCUGUAUUACUGCUGCUAUCUUCGGCUGUUUCACUAAUGACUCACAUGAUGUUUACUGUUUGGGAACUGUGGAUGAGAAUUCUUCCGUCUGUAUCUCUGGCUACAUUACCAAGCCAUUCCUUUAUCUUUAACCCCCCUGUUCUCUCAUUAUUGUAUUAUUAUCACUACGUCCCCGUGUGACGUACUGUCGGUUCCCUGCAGUGGGCGAUCACCUCUCUGUUCCUAUUAGAGACGCAAUCUACACAUUGACUCUCGGCCUUCCCAGAUAUAUAUUUAGUGGACAGGAGAGACGGGAGGAUUCUUAGUCUGUGGCUUGAACUUGAAGAACAGCUAAUGCUCUCAGAAAAUGAAUGGGCUGCAUUGUUACGGCCCAUGUUGACAGGCUGCUCUUCCAGGUUUUUAAUCUACGCCAGUUUCUUUGGUCCCCUUGAGUCGAGGACAACACGCCCUUUGUUGAGCUUGUGAGAAAUGCCACUGUGAAAGACACUUGAGCUUGCCAGGAGUUCGAUGUCCCACGUCUCAUGUGACAUGUUACGCCUACCGUACUGUACUCACCGUAAAUGUGUUGUCUGGAUCCGUGUUCGCAGACAGGUGGAGGGAUGGCAGGGGAUGUUUACUUGUGCUUGGACCUGCUCCCACUUCCCCAAAGACACAUCAUCACUGAAAUAGACACUGGCCCAUUGACUUUUUUCUAGAUCAACUGACUCACUGUGAUACCAUUGACCUGAUACGGCAGAAUUAACGAUAGUCCCAUUAUAAGCUUCCUUCUGUUAUCCUAUUGACAAUGACUUGACUUGUUACGACCCAAUUUAAACACUAAGUCGUCUCCAAUUUACUUGGGGUCAAAUUGAUCCUCUGCUAGCACUGCCUGUGCUCCCGGAGAUGUUGUGCUGACACAUAUUUGAGUAAUCUCUUGUAGCAUUUGUUUAAGCUGUGCAUGGCGCGCACGGAACAGAACAUAUGGAGUGUUGGCCUUUUUCAAUGUGAUGGAAACCAGCAGGUUGGAACUUGGAUUGAACGAUCGCUCCUUCUCCAGGCCCGAGGUGCUGGGAACUAACUCCACGGACGGACACAACACGCGCGUCUGUCGGCAAAGUCCAGGCGCCUUUGGCUCGGUUCAGAUCUGCACAUACUAAAGAAGACAACCGUAGAAAACCGUUACAAAUGUGCCAGGAACGCCUACAAAGAUCAUUCCUCAGACAUGUUUUUACAUUUACACACUGUACAAUUGAUGAGAGUGUACCUGUUUUGUAAAAGUGUGAAGUUGAACAAGAUUAACAAUGUAAUUGCCUAUUAAAAUAGCAACUUCUGAGAA